GGGACCUGUGCUGUAUUUGUCGUGGGGACUUGAGAAACGGCAGGCUAAAACCAGUAAUGCAUCCGUGCUGUUUUGGGCUCAAGCUCGCAGAUUCUAGACGCGCCCACCAAAGUUCUAAACUUCCACCUGACCCUGGCCGGGAGGCUUAGCCUGUUAUCGCACCCACCAUGUUUGGCAGCAUGCCCGUCGCCCUCGUGAUGCUCCGCCUCGUGGCCGCCUCGCAGUCGGUGCCAGGGGGCCUCAGCCAGGAGCAGCUGUUCGCCACGAUCGCGGCCGAGGAUGGUUUCUACGACGAUGCGCUCCCGCAAGACCUUUCGGAUGGCGGCGGGGACGCGGUAACGCUCUCGCUCAUGCAGAAGGAGGGGGUGUACUUGUACCGCACGGCGCAGGCUCCUGCAGCGGCGGAGGUGCCACUGUGCCAGCGUCCGAAAGUGCAGUGCUACGGCGAGGAUGAGCUCUCGAGCCCGAGGCCCUCGGAGGACGACGACUCCCUCGCCUUCGUCCAGACGGGCGCUGAGGUCUUCAGCUCCAGCCGCGCGGACGCGGUCCGGUCGUCCUUCGCGGUGGAUGCCGACGGGGAGGUCACUAGCGCUUCGGCGCAUCCUAUACCGACGCGGGGUGUCGCGUCGGGUAUGACGACCGUCGUCGUGUCAGCGGUGGGGAAUACGAUGGAGCUGUGAGGCGGCAGAGGGCCUCCAUAUACGUGCGCCUACGUCAGGCCUCUGGGAGUCGGGGUACGUGCACCAUCCGUGUCGGGUAUGCCGCAUCUGGAGAAACAGGAGGAUGCUUGGACAUGAAACGCAUGCGCAUUCAUGCGAGGCAUCGCUGUGUGCUGCGAAGUGUCCCUGAGAAAACAUAUGUGUGAAUCUGGGAAGGCGCUUGCCAAGCGGAUGCAUGCCAUCGCGAGGCUUUACGGUUUGGGGUCUGAUCUCCCGUAGAUGAAUUAAGGUAGUGUUGGUCCAACAUUGCGCUCGGAUAGGAGAAGACGUAAACGAUGUAGGGUACGAGGGCGCUGGUCCAACAUUGUAUUGUGCUCGGAAAGGGG